AUGAAGGGACCUGUGGAUAAUGCUACUGUUGUUGCUGCUGCUGCUGCUGAUCAUGCUGCGUCAAACGAAGACGAAACGAAAAUGGUCACAAAUCCAUAUUCACGUAUCGAGGACGCAAUGGAAAAGAAACGUAGGAAUUUGGAAAAGAGAAAGAUCCGUUUGCAACAAUACGAAGAGGAUGAACGUAAUGGUAAGAAGUUGAGUGAGGAGCAACAAGAGGCAAGAUCACGAAUUGGUGAAGUGGAAACUCAACUGGAAUUCAUUAAGGACAUCGUGAAGAUGCUAGCAACAAUUCAACGUGAAUUCACUCGUUCGCUGAAGCAACGUGAUGAGGCGUUCCGGAGAAAGUUUGUCGAGUCCGAGCGAGAACAUCUAGCUGAAUUCAUCUAUUAUCAGAAUAUAUUUAGAAUAUUCUCGAAACCACAUGUCACCAAAGCGCUUAUUGAUGCUGAGAAUGGCGCUGAGCCUAAAUUGACGAUGGAUGAAUGGAUGGAUUUGCAAGACAUUUCAACUGCAUUCAAUCCUCAUUUACCACCGGUGGAUACCACUCCAGAAUGGAUGCCAAUGAUGAGGAGAAGUGCUAUUAUGGCGAACUGUAUUCUGUCUGGAUCGAAAGAGAGAGUUAUUGGCAAAGCAAAUGGAAUGAAAGCAAGGCAACUGAUGGAAAAGGCAGCCGGAAUGGACUGUGUGAAAGAUUUGAAGUUCGUGUUAAAUCUGGUAACAGAUUCGGAUGAUGAUUUGUUGAGCGAGGCGGAUGAAGAUGAUCAUGAAGAUAGUGUGGGUGGUAUGGAACGAAUUGGAGAAGGGGAGUGUGUGCACGAUCGAGAUGUUGCACAAGAGAGGAGUGAAGAAGAAGCUAAGAGACAGCAAGAAGAAGCCGAUACUCCACCAAUAGUCACCAAUGCCGAGGAAUCUUCUGAGUCAACGUUUAUCUACAAAAGUGAUCCGAAGGUGAUAUUUGUUCAUGGUGAAUCUGAAAGACCGAAAAAUGGCUGUGGUGAUUUGUUAUGUGAAACAACGAAUACAGAAUUUGGUUUUGAGAAUUAUGUGGUGCAUGCGCAAGUGAUUAACGAGCCAGUCAUACGUGAUCCGCCACCACCUAUACCUCUUCCGAAUGCUGCUGUUCAGAACAGCAGUACCGAUAAUAAGCAUAAUACUAGUAAAAAUAAACAAUUGUCAUCAAAACAACAAACGUCGACAGCAACGACUAAUAAACAACAACAAAUUAUAAACGCUGAUGUCACUGACAAUAAUAGUGAUAAUAAUAAUGAUGAUAAUACUAACGAUAAUAAUACGAACAAUAAAACAGUGGUGACACCAUCUUCUACCACACCAACCAUGCUCAAUGAUGCAGCACUACUAGCAGCAUUACAAAGUGUUGAUAAAGUAACAGCGUCGUCCAAGAAUACAAACAAUUGCAACGGUGAUGAACAACAACGCAGCACUAGCAUUCGUGGCCAGGGUGCUCUCCAUAGGAAUAUGCGGAUGGAUAGGAGAGGACGAGGUGGCAGGGGUAUGGCAUCAGGGAUCAGAUCUCGAAAUACUCAACAGAAUUAUCGAUUCGAUGCGACCAAUAACCAAUCGAAUUAUCAAGCGCAACCACAGUCGGUGAGAGCGUCUGGUGCAACUAGGGCAUAUCGUGAAGGCGCGGGACGUUAUAUGGGUAGAAUUGGUAGAGGUGGAAGUAUGAUGGUGAAUAAUAGUUAUGGUGGCUUCCGUGGUGGUAAUCGUGGUAUGAAUAAUGGUCGUUAUGGACAGGCGAAUGGCUAUACGGCUGGUGGCUAUAAUAAUAGUAACGCAUACGAUUAUGCAAGUUCACAUCCUCAUCGACAAGCGGGCUUCAAUUUUGCAAAUGAUUAUAAAUAA